AUGAUAACGUCUACUCUGACUUUUGCCAUGCAUAUGCUCGUGUCAUCGUAUAAAUUACUAGGGCCGGUCGGACAGCUCUUAGAAUACGUUUUGCCUUACAGAAACAUGGCUACCAAGGCUAUCACUGGAAAAAUUAACUUUAAUACAAAGCACUUGAAACGAGGAGAUCCGUUGCCGCCUUACAAUGGAAAAUUACGAGUGUACAACAUGCGUUAUUGUCCUUUCGCGCAACGAACGAUUUUGGCGCUAAAUGCGAAACAAAUUGACUAUGAAGUGGUAAAUAUAAACCUUAUGGACAAACCCGAAUGGCUGACGAGAAAAAGUGCUUUCGCUAAAGUGCCAUCAAUAGAAAUUAAAGAAGACGUAUGUAUUUUCGAAAGCUUGGUAACAGUCGAGUAUCUUGAUGAAGCCUACCCACAAAGACCUCUGUUGCCAAAAGAUCCUCUUAGAAAAGCUAUGGAUAAAAUUUUAAUAGAGGCUUCAGGACCUAUCCAUACAAUGAUGAUCAAAGUAGUCAAAAUGCCAGAUUCAAUUACCGAGGAUAACUUAAAGGCGUAUGAAGGUUCUUUACAAUACAUACAAAACGAACUUAAAAAUCGAAAAACAAAAUUCUUAAGUGGCAAUGAACCGGGCUACGUUGACUAUAUGAUAUGGCCGUGGUUUGAAAGAAUCGGGGCGCUUAAGAAAUUUGAUGAACGCGCCGGGAUAGAUUCUAGUAAAUUUGGUUUACUGUUGGAAUACUUCAGUAAUAUGGCCAAGGACCCAGCAGUUAGUGACUACCUGCUGUCAGAUGACAUCUUAUAUAAAUAUUUUGAAACUUAUAAGAUAGGGGAACCUAAUUAUGAGCUUCUUUCCGAACAGUGA